AUGGCUGCCUCCUGCUCCCCAGUGACGUUGAAUGUCAGCGCCUGUGAGUUACCUGCUGUCAUGGCGGCUCUCAUGAGAGGCGUGCUGCGGUGUGCAGGUCUGACACAAGUAAGGUGUAGUGGGAAUAUCCAAGUAAAGCGAUAUGUGAGAGCGCUGCGCAGGACCCCAGUGAGGGUGAUACCCCCAGGGGGCAGCACAGGGGACGGCCAGUCUGUGCCAAGGGUCACCGAGACCCGCGAGGAGCGGGUAGCACCCCAGGUAAUCAGUGACCAGAAUGCACAACCGGUCACCAGGUACUCAGCCAGAGGUAAAAGCAAGGCUGAGGAGAAACAUGAAACCUCACUAGAGCUGCAGUACGAGAAAGCUGCUCCUGGGGACAAAAGACUCAGGUAAUAAUGACCUUGUGUAUCAUUACAACAGAGGAUGCAGUACAUGAAAUGUGCAGCCCUGCAAGGUUAUUCCCUAAACUGGACAAAAUGAAUGACAAGGGGAUUGCAUGGUGUAACCCACAAUAGUCAUAUGGGGGGCUCUUUUGGUCUAAAUUGUGCAAUUGCCUGUCAGCUAUCCAAAUUGCACAGUUUAAUGAGUAACUGUUGUCACCAGUCUCCAUACUAAAAAACAAAGUGUAUACAAGUGUGGGAGGCCAACUCUUUUCUCAAAAUCUAGGGUGCUUGCACAACCCGCCCCCUCUGCAGCCACAUUCAUAAAGUGAAUUUCACAUUGAAAGAGUUACUGUAGUCAUCAAAGCAAGGUCAGUUUAGUGAAGCAAUAUUGGUGUAUAGAUCAUGCCCCUGCAGUCUCACUGCUCAAUUCUCUGCCAUUUAGGAGUUAAAUCACUUUUGUUUCUGUUUAUGUAGCCCUAGCCACACCUCCUCUGCCUUUCACUGACACAUCCUGCAUGAAGAAAAUGUUUCCAUUUUCAAUCAGAUGCAACUUACUUUAACAACAAAUAUGAACACUAACUUUAGCCAGGGUUUGUGACUAGGUGCCCACUAACAAAGACUGGACACACACCAUUUUAAAUACUCCGGGUUGUCUACUUUUUAAAAUGGUAUGCCAUGAUGGGGGUAAUUCUCAUUCCUGGGAUGCCACACAGUCUCCAAGACAACCUAAACAAUCUGGCAAGUGGGCAAGUCUUAUAUUCGACCCUCUAACUUUCCAAAACACCAUAAAACCUGAACAUGGGGGGUAGUCAUACUGGUGAAUCCUUACUGAACACAAAUGUGUGUGUUUUAUUGCAGUAAAAGCUGAUAAUAUGGCAUUCACAGUUAAUCUGCUAGGAACUAAGAAAAUAACGGCGUUUUAAAUUUUCCCAUUUUUUUUUUUUUUUUUGAUUUUAUUCAUAUAAAAUUAUCUUUAUAAAUAUUCAAUAUGAAAUUAAAGUCCUGUUUCUUGUGAAUAACAUAUGUGUGGGUGCACUUUAUAUGUGAAAGAGGUGAAUUAUGGUUGUACAGACAUAUACAUUUAAAUGCUAGGUUUUGUUUUGAUCAGAAUGUGUGCAAUUGGCUCCGUCCUUAAGGGGCUAAAAGUUAAAGGAGCACUGUAUGGUCAGGAUCACAAACAUGUUAACCUGACCCUACAGUGUUAAAACCACCAUCUUGCUUCCCUAAAUUUAGUAAAAAUCUUACUUGUAUUCAUGUCUGUAGCUGGUGGCUCUGCCUCUGACCUUCCCCUGUCUGCUGUCAUCAGCAGAAGUGGUGGUCUGAACAAAUCACAAUACUUCCCCAUUCCCCAUAGGGUUGGCCGAGACUGUCAAUGAGGCAGAUCAGGGGCAGAGCCAGCACAAGUCAAACACAGCCCUGGACAGUCAUUAUAUCCUCAUAGAGAUACAUUGAAUCAAUGAAUCUCUUGGAGGAAAGUUAAGUAUCUUCAGAGGGUGGAGACACUGAAUGGCAGUGCUGCUUACGCUGCAGCACUGCCUAAGGAAGCACCUCUGGCAGCCAUCUGAGGAGUGGCCACUGGAGUUAUCACUAGGUUGUUAUGUAAACACUGCAUUUUCUCUGAAAAGACAGUGUUUACAGCAAAAAGCCUGAAGGGAAUUAUUCUACUCACAAGAACAAAUGCAAUAAGCUGUAGUUGUUCUGGUGACUAUAGUGUCUCUUUAGUGUGUGUGUAUAUAUGUGUGUGUACUUUUUCUAUUUCAGUACUUGGGAGACUACUUGACAACACAGGCAGAACUUGAUACAACCAUUCUGUCCAUGUGAUCACAUUGUCAGUGCUAUCACAUAGCCCCAUAUUGGUCGGACUUGCAACAGGGGAACUGUCUGGGUUGCUCUAUGCCACACAACUGCUUUUUAGCCCAUUUAAAUGCGGACAGGAUAGAACACAGUAACAGCAUUACGGUGUUAUUUACAAACAUUUUGCUAAUAUGAGGAGCACACAAGUGAAAAAAGAUUGGGAACCAUUGGUCUAGAACAGGGGUUCUCAACCCAGUCCUCAGGACCCCCUACCAGUCCAGGAUUUGGGGAUUACCUGGGUGUGUCUAAGGUGUUUAGAAAAAGCAAAGAAAAAAAAACCUUAGACUCUAAGGUGUUUUUUUUCCUUUUUCUAAACACCUUAGACACACCCAGGUAAUCCCUAAACCCUGGACUGGUAGGGGGUCCUUGAGGGCAAGGCUGAGAACCCCUGGUCUAGAAUAAUCCGCUUGCAUGUGCACAACUGAAAAUAAUGCAAAAUAUGCCUAAAAUAAAUAAAUAAAAAUUUGUCAUAUUUGAAUGUCCUUCAUUUUCUACAAAUUUGUCCUUUUAAUGGGACACUCCAAGUACCAUAACCAAUACAGAAUUUGUUUUGUAUGGUUUGACUCCUUACCUGGUGUCUUCCAGGUGCAGCUUCCCACCUCUACUAGUGAUGCCAUAGAUCCUAAGUAGCUAAGCUUAGAAGUUGGUACAGGAGAGCUGCUUCUGCUUGUGAAGUCUUUGUCAUUAUUAGUGGAGGCAUAGAGUGGCGUCUGGAGGACACCAUUUAAGGAGUCAAACUAUCUAAAAACUCCCUACAUUGAGGGGGGAUGUGUUCCUGGGCUUUUGCCAAAACCACUACAGUGAGUUGUAGUUAUGGUGCUUGGAGUAUUAAUUUAAAAAGGAAUUACCACCUGUGACAUUCAUCAUACUGGUUGUACUAUUUAUAUUUUAAAAGUUUUACUGAUUUAUAAUUUAUAUUUUUAAUUUUCCACGUACAAUGCAAACCUGGUUCUGCUGGUAUGCUAUGUAAGUUAAAUUAACACCAUGAACUGCUAUAUGUGGAUGCAUGCAUUAGUAUGGUACUAUUUUAGAAAAUGUUCAAGCACAUACACAGUAUUUCUGUGUAGAUGCCCAAGAGUCCAUGAGUAUGCCAGAUACAUCACAGGGAAGCAAAGGCUCUUUGAACACAACUGUGGCUGUGUUUUUUUAUUUACUUCAACUGGAUUAUUCACCUAAAUACACACUUCAAUGUUUAAUGGGUUGAGGAAAAUAGUUGGUGAAAUAGGUUAAAAAACUUUCUAAUGGUUUUUGGACAUAUAUUAUUGAUCAUUACCCUUUCUUUUUGGGUUUUUGUUUUUUCAACUCAGCUGUAGUCAAUUUGGUUAUUUUAGCCAGAAUUUUGGAAUUCACAAUUCACUGUUUAGAGAAUAAAUCAUUUUGUGUAACAUGGAUGCAUUGUAGAAAUCUUAGGAAAAGGAGAAAAAAAAAGUACUGCUGGGUCAAGGUUUUGAUGUGCUGUUUUGAUGGGCAUUGACAUAAAACCAUGUCUUUCUAUUCUGAGCAAUGUGUGUUAUUUUUUUUUUUUUUAAAGUAAAUAAUGGCCAUAUAGUUUUAAAUUUAUUUGAGCUGUUACAACAAAUUUUAUAUCUUAAUGUUUACACAGCAAACUGGUUACAAUUGCGAAAUCCAAAAAAUUUCGGGACCGUCAUGGUCAGGUUUUACUUGAAGGCCGAAAACUACUGGUGGACGCUUUAGAGGCUGGUGCUCUUCUAAAGACCCUCUUUUUUAGCCGAGUUGAAUAUUUAAAAGAACUGCCCUCCGAUAAAUUAAAGCAAGCUAAACUCAUCAAAGUGAAGUUUGAAGAUGUCAAGACGUGGUCUGAUGUGAUGUCUCCACAAGGUAUAAUAGGUGAGAAGAGAGACCCGCAAGUAAAGCAAGGUUUACAAAAGUUGAUCUGAACUUAGGAGACAUACUUUGUCAUGAACAUCCAUUUCCAUAUGGCUUGUGUAAUAAGUGUUACUUAUCCACUUAGUGUGUGUUGAGUUAAUCACUUAAAAUUGAUUGUGGGCAUGUACUGCAAUUUCUAAAAAGGAAAGAAAGAAAUCAGACUUUUGAAAUGCUUAAUAACUAUUGCAUGUGAGAGGCUGCUUGUGGGUUCAUGUUUGUGGGGACUGUGUGUGUGGAUGCUGCUUGUAUUAAUUGUAUGGGGGUGAGGCUUAUUCUGCAGCUUUGUGUCAAUUUAGCAUUGUAGGUAGCUUCCCUGGGGUCCAUUGGGGACUGCACUAGACAGGCCAGGAUCAGGUCAAGGGCAGGAGCUGCGAUAGCUGCUGUGGGCUGCUCUACUCCAGUGCAGUUUCCCGUUCACAAGUGCUGGGAGGAAGUGAUCCCAGAUCCCUUCCUCUAAGUGCUGCAAUGCUUAAAUUGAGGAUAGAUACUCACCACAUUUUUGCAGAUAUUUUAAGUUCCACUAGGACUCCUGACUGACCAGAGCCUCUUGGGCUCUAGCAGCCUUGAGUGCCAUGGGUUGCCUACGCCUGAACUAGAACAUCUUUCAGGAGCAGUGAGCUUUUAGCUUUGUUGACCCAUCUCUGUAGAGCACUUUCUAUAGCACCGUGAAAGAAGCCACAUCCCUGAAAAUUAUUAAACAACGACUCGAGACCAACCUGUUUACACAAGGCUUUCAGCAAUAGAAUAUGUAACUUCUAUAUAGGUUAUUGUAUAUUGCCUAAAGCACUUUGAGUCCAAAUCAGAGAACAGUGCUAUGUAAGUUAUUAUUAUAAUAAUGCAGUAGUACUUUUGGUGCUCUUCCUUAAAACCACUGGGAGUUGGAACAAUGUUGAUUAUUAUUUAAAAAUAAAGCCUCCACCUUAUUAGAAAUAUAAAAAAACAAACCAUAAUAAAAUAUAUCGGUGUUAGUCAUAGUAAAAGAUACAUAGUGGAAAACAUGGUAAAAUCAUAAAUCUGUUACAUAUUUGGUACCAUUGGGGUGCUCCAGGAUUGCCAGUGGCUUCGGAAUUAUUGAAGACUGGUUUAAAAAAAAAAACUUUAAAAUAGUUUGAUUAUUUGAGCCAGCCACACAAGUUGUCUUCUUACAAAGUGUCAGCUUUUUUUAAUAUAAACAUAACAAUUUUUAAAUUUUACAGUGUUUUGUCUUGACUUUACUGAUUGACUCCAUAUUUCUGUCCAGGUAUCUUUUUAAAACCUGAUCACGCAAAGAUGAAUUAUCCAGUAUCACAUCUGAAGUAUUCUAUUCCUCUGUCACUCAUAUGUGACAACAUCCGUGACCCCGGAAACCUGGGAACUAUUCUUAGAUGUGCAGCUGGCGCUGGCUGCAAUAAAGUAUUGCUCACUAAAGGUAACUUAGCAUACCUAUAAUUUACGUUAAAUGAACAUUCCUAGGGGAAUUUGUAAAAAAAAAUUUUUUUAUACAUAGAGAUUAAAAAUGGACUGUAAACAGAUUGCUUUAAAGGGACACUCCAAACACCUAAAGCACUUUUCCUUGCAGAAUUGUCUUAUGUUUGAAGAGUGUGUCUUUUUUUUAAUUUUACAAAAAAAAAUAAAAAAUUAACCUUGUAUGUCAAUCAGAACACAGGUCCUGUUACUUCCUGGUUUGGUUAGAUCAGUGGAGCUAAAGUCAAGAGGCAGCAAUUGCUAAGAACACCCGUCUUGCAAAUACUUCUCAUUGAGCUCUAUUGGGAAGUCUGUGCUUGGUCAGCCAUAGAAAGUCAUGAAGAAUGUGAAGAAUGCUGGGGAUGGGUUGCUUGCAAUGGCUUCAAAUAAGAGAUCUGCUUUUGCUGGCGGUUUUUAGAUAUAAAUUGAUCAUUAAAUACAUACAUUUCAUUUGAGAUAUAUCUACUAAAUAGUUUAUAUUUCAUAGGACUUUAAAAUUUGAGAAAAAACUUUUAUUCAUGCAUCAGUUUUGGACCUGAUUCCGAUCCUUUCUCAAAAUAACAUCAAAUAUAUAACUUAAACAAUUAAUCACUUGACUUAUUCUACGUGCUGUUGUCCCACCACCGUGGAAGCCGCAAACCGGAAGUAAUCAAUGUGGUGCACCUUGAUUACUUCCGGUUUUCGGCUUCCAUGGUGGCGGGACAUGAUCAUAAUACUUACAAGAUUCAGCACACUUAUUCAUUCAUUAAACAGCAAUUUAAGUCUCAAAGAAUGUAAUAGUUCUAUUUAAAAACACCUCACCUAUGCAAAAAAUAACGGGGGAAUGUCGUGGCAGGCUUAUGUAAUGUAUGGUCGUGUACUGUAAGUAAACCGCCCAGGUGACAUGUUUUUAAAUAAAACUAUUACAUUCUGUGAGACUUGAAAUUGCUGUUUUGUGAAAGAGUGUGUGUGCUGGAUUUUGUAUGUUUGUUAUAUAUUUUCUCUCUUCCUCUUAAAAUUCUAUGGUUUUACAUAUCAGGGCAUAACAAGCAUCUGGGCUUUAGCAGGUCUUACAAUUAGGUAAAUACAACCUCAGAUAAAUAACACAUGACAUAUUACACCUUGUUAUGAUUUAUUUCACAAUAAAACCAAAAUGGUGUAAAAAAACAAGGAAAUGAACAUCAUAGACUUACAACUAGACCUGUUAUGACAUAUUCUGUAUAUUUAUGUCAAAUGGAAGAAAGGUUUGGUAUUGUCUUUUCCUGCCUAAUGUAGCUCUUAACAAAUGCAUAAGCAGGUCUAUGCCUGUAUUAACCCCCUAAGGACUGCGGACGUACCUCAUACGUCCGUGGCAAAUUUGAGCGCUGGAAGCGAUCGUGAUCGGCAACACAGACCCAUCAAACUGAAUGGUGCAAGCCCUAUAUUGACCCUGUAACUUUCCAAAACACUAUAAAACCUGUACAUGGGGGGUAUUGUUAUACUCGGGAGACUUCGCUGAACACAAAUAUGUGUUUGAAACAGUAAAACUUAUCACAACGAUGAAAUCACCCGUAAAAGUGCAGUUUAUGUGUAAAAACAAAAACAAAAAACAAAUAAAAACGCUAACUUUGGCCAGUGUUUUAUGACUAAGUGGCUACAACGAAAGACUGGACAUACCCCAUUUUGAAUACCGUGGGUUAUCUACUUUUACAAAUGGUAUGCCAUGAUGGGGUUAAUUUUCAUUCCUGGGCUGCUAUAUGGUCUCAAAGGCAACAUAGGCCCAGCAAACCAAUCUGACAAAUUUCAAUGUGCAAACAUGGAAAUGGGGAAAGCCCUACAUUUGACUCAUAAGUUUGCAAAAACCCCAUAAAACCUGUACAUUGGGGGCACUGCUGUACUCGGGAGAUGUUGCUGAACACAUAUUGUGGGGUCUUCUUUGUCAGUAGCCCAUAACUGGAACUGAGAAUCCAUGCCUAAAGUACAAUGUGAGAGAAAAAUAACACACAAAAAUUAUUACCCAAAUGUUUGACAAAGACUGGUGGUAGAAUUAGUGCAUGGAAAGUGUUAAAAAAUACCACAAUUUGAAAUACCCUAGGUUGUCUACUUUUCAAAAAUAUAUGGUUGGAUGGGGGUAAAUUACAUUGGCCGGCUUCAAAAAUGUCCCAAAUAGGACAUGGGUGCAUGAUGACCAGCUGUGAAAAUUCCAAGUUGGAAAACUGGAUUGCGCACCCUCCAAAUAAGGUCUUUUAGCCCCCAGAGAACCCGCCACACCUAUACAUAGUGGGUAUCACUGUACUCAGGAGAUGGUGCUGAACACAUAUUGGGGUAUUCUUUGGCAGUUACCCUUAAAGUAGUUCUCCGUACAUAUAUUUUUAAAUUGCUAUGUGUGUCAAAAAAAAUCACCAAUUAUUUUUUAUUUUAGUUUUUUGAAAAAAUUGGCAUAGAUUUGUGGUAAAAUGGUUGCACGAAAAGAGUCAAAAUACCCCAAGUUUAAUACCUUAGUUUGUCUUCUUUUAAAAAAUAUAUAAAUUUGAAGAAGGAUUAUUCAGACAGAUAUCAGUGUUACAAUGUAACUUUCGUUAAUUUUGCUAUUUACAAACCAUUUUUUUUUUCUCAAAGUGCUACUUGUACUUAUAUCCCUAAAACUUUCCCAAAAAAAACUAAGGAUAUGUUAACUUUGGGUGUUUCUAAACUCAGGACAAAAUUUAGAAACUAUUUACCAUGGGUGUAUUUUUGCGGUUGUAGAUGCGUAACAGAUUUUGGGGGUGAAAGUUAGAAAAGGUUUGGUUUUAAAAAUUUUUUUUUUUUUUUUUAAAUGUCAUAUUUUAUAAAACAUUUUGAUAGUAAAUUAUAUGAUGUAAAUAAUAGUAUCGUUAGACCAUUUAAUGGUGAGAAAAACGGUAUAUAAUAUGUGUGGGUACAGUAAAUGAGUAAGAGGAAAAUUACAGCUAAACACAAACACUGCAGAAAUGUAAAAAGAGCCCUGCUCCUUAACGGUAAGAAAAUUGAAAACUGGUCUGGUAAAUAAGAGUUUAAAGAUACUGUUAGGAAUAAAAAUGUGUAUUCCUGAUGCUACAGGGUCUUAGUCACCAUUUAGGUAACUGCCCCCCAGUGACUAAAAAAGAAGUUAACUUCUCUUUUCUCCAAGUCCAUGUUGCUUUCUCUGCAUGUGGCCUUGAAUCGUUGGCUGAGAUCAUCAAUCUAAAGCUUUCCCAUAGGAAAGUGUUGAGAAGCAAGUGUACAAAAGGCUGUGCUGUUCCAAUCAGAUUAGGCAUUCUCUACACAACUUUGGGGUUAAAAGGUUUAACCCUCUUAAGGUAAAACAGCAUCAGUGACCAUUGUGAUGGAGUUAUGAUGAUGCCCAGAGUGUUCCUUUAACUAAUGCUUUUAUCUUUGAAAUUAAUGGGAAUCACAACUAAAAUAUGUCACGCUGUCAUAUUUUUGAAAAUUUUAUUUUUACAUAUUUGUAUUGUCUGCUGUAAAAUCUGAAACACAUUGAUUGUAUUAUUAUUUUUAUUUUUUUAUUUUCAAGGUUGUGUGGAUGCUUGGGAGCCAAAAGUACUGAGAUCUGGUAUGGGAGCUCACUUUCGCAUUCCUAUUGUCAAUGACUUGGACUGGGACACAGUACCUAACUACCUUUCUCAUGACACUAGGGUAUUUGUGGCAGAUAACUUCAGACCACUUGAGUGCAAUGAGGAGGGAAAUAAAAAAGCAGGUGACUACGGUUGGGUCUCCACCAAUCCCCGAAGGAUAUAUGGUCGUGAGGAAGACGCUGAUGCCUCAGAUAGUGAUGAAAGUAGUGAUGAUGAAGAGCAUUAUAUACCUGAUAUUCAGGUGCAAAGUUAUGAUGAACAGUGGACCACGCAGUCGAGUGCAUUAGUAAUUGGAGGUGAGACGCAUGGUUUGAGCCUGGAAUCACUGCUGCUUGCUGAAAAAACUGGUGGUAGAAGGAUUUUUAUUCCAGUUGUUCCGGGUAUAGAUAGCUUAAAUUCAGCAAUGGCUGCAAGCAUCAUCCUGUUUGAAGGAAGAAGACAGUUGCAGUCAAGAAAUACAAGACUUAAAAAACAAGUUCCUACUUAAGUCCUUAAUGCAUAUUUGAUUUUCAGAAAACAUGGGCUUCUAUGAAACUCUUGCCUAGGUGGUCCAAAUUCUAAAGCAGGCAUGACGAAGACUGAUGUAUCACUUGCUACAAUGUUUGCAAUGCCCCCUAGGACCAUUGUCAUUAUUUGCCAUUCUGUACAUGCAGUCAAUAGUGAUAAAUCCAUAAUAAUGCUUGGUUUAUAAGAACAUGUUUGAAAGAAAUUCAUAAUGAUUGUUAUAGAAAGUAAAACAUGCAUUUAUAUUGUUUGGGGAAGUCUUGAAUUUUAAAGCAGAAAGGGGAAGCCUUUUUAAAUGUCAACUGUGUGUGUUUUGUAUCGGCUUCCUGUUUUGAAAAAAAAAAAAUGUCUUUAUUUUUUUUUCUUCAAAUAAUGAAAGACGUUUUGCUUCAGUAGAGGUUACACAAAUCAUGUUUAGCUGGUAAGAACAAAUCAAAUUCCUUAUAAUCUUUGCCCAGAACGAAUCAGGAAUUACCGGUGGAGUUUUCUUCAAUCAAUAGGACUCCACAGUAAAUCCCAGAUGUUUUGAUUUAUCCAAAUAUAGGAAUUUGAUUUGUUCAUACCAGCUAAAAAUAAUUUGUGCACAAGUCUAGAAUUUAUUUAACAGUGUCAGGGUUAUUAUUAAAAUUAUUAAAUUGUCAGGAAUUCAAAAAGAAAUUUUAGACUAGUAUAGCCAGAGUUAAAACCAGGUGGCAUGGAGAAUUGUGUCUAAAUUGUAAUGUUCCAACGUCACACUUUAGUUAAAGGGACUAUGUAAGCACUGUGUAACUGUUUCGUCUCAUGGAAGUGACUACAGUGUCUGGAUUCCCUGGAGCCGAACUUCCAUUCAAUGUUAAACUCUUUAUAAUGCUUUAAUGAAAUGCAGCAGCUCACUCCCUCUGUUCCUUUUGGACUGAUGAGGAAGCAUUAGCCUGAACAGCAACAGUGGGCAUAUGUGAUGGACUAUUUACAGACCAUCAUAGUGUCCAUUCAGGUAUAAAUUGGUAAGACUAGAAGGAAGUAUUUAAUCUGUCUUAACCACACUUAAAGGGAUAUUCUGAGCACUGAACACAUAACUUCAUUUAGUGGUUUUGGUGUUAAGACCAGUGCUAGACAAAUCCCAGGUGCCAGGUCACCAUGGGGACCAGGAAUUUUGCCCUGGCGCCUGGGUGUUUGUCACUGGGUGUAGAGACACUUUGUCUGAAAAGACUGCAGUGACAGGCUAUAGCCACCUGAAGCACUACAUUAAGCUGUAGUGGUUCUGGUGACUGUAAUGUCCCUUUUAAGAAUUUUAUUGUUGUUGUUGAAAAUAAAGCUUUGUAAACAUUUUUUAUUUUAUUUUAAACUGGCUUCAAAGCAAAUCUGUCAAGCCCUUCCCCCCCCACCCCACCCCACCAUAACUACUGGUUCAUAUUCUAACACAGUGGUUCACAACCUUUUUUCCCCACUUGUGUACCCCUUAGUAGCCGAUUUCCAUAAAAUGAAGCCCUCAUAUUAGCGAAAUGUUUGUCAUGAACAAUCUAUUGUUUCAAAUAUAUGUUUUUCUCUGCCCCAGGCUCCCAACACAUAGAGCUACACAGAUACAAACACUGACACUCAUACAGAUGCAGACACACUGUAUCUGCAUAUGUGUCAGUAUGCUUAUCACUGUGUAUGUAUCUGCAUGUGUAUUUUAUCUGUUGAUCAGUGAUUGCAUCUAUGUGUCUGUUUCUGCAUGUGUGGCAGUGUGUAUCUAUAUGUCAGUGUUUGUAUCUGUGUAUCAAACACUGACACACAUACAGAUGUAAAGACUAGGGAUCGACCGAUUAUCGGUCUGGCCGAUAUUAUCGGCCGAUAUUUGGUAUUUUCGGCAAUAUCGGUAUCGGCC